AUGGUUUUCACUCCUACCCUCCGCCGUGCCGCGGCCCAGGCCACCGGCUCUGCCUUUGCGCCCAAGAUCACCAUCACUCCUCGUCUUGCUGGCUUUGACAUGAACGGUGCUAUCCGGGCUGGUACCCUUGCCGGCUCUUUCGGUGUCUUCGCCGGUACCGCCGCUCUCUUCAUGUUUGGCGAGGUUCCUCGUGUGCGCCGCGAUAUUCUCCAACAGUUCCCCUUCCUGGACACCUACUUCGACCGCACCAUUGCCCCCGAGGACAACCCCUUCUAA